AUGGCUAAAAGUUUGAGAUCAAAGUUUAAGAGAAAGAUUCGUGCUAUUGCUCGUGUGAAGAAGGCACCAAAGGAAGCAGAAAGACUUAACAAAGUUAUACAAUGUAGUGAGGCAUAUAAGAAAAAAGUAGAAGAAGAGAAUGUUGAGCUAUCCAAACUUGCACCAGGAACAAAUGAACCAGUUGAUAUGGACACAAACAGUAAACCAGUAGUUAGUACUUUAAAUCUCAAAACUAUGAAGACAGCCGAUGGAAAAUAUCCAGUAUGGAUGAAUCAAAAAGCAAGAAAUAAGUAUGACAAAGCAGCUAAGAAGGAAAAGAGCAGAAAGAAACAGAAGAAUCGCGCACGCCGAUAA